GACUCGAGUCAGUGAAGCAAGGCAGCACUUCAAGUGACCAGGUUCCAUGGAUGAAGGAGAACUGCCGCAUUGUCCUGGCUUCCAGCAGCCCGCGGCGCCAGGAGAUUUUGCGGCUUUGGGGCCUGCCGUUCGAGGUGGUGUCACCCAAGUUUGCGGAGGACCUGGACAAGUCUGAGUACACCCCACAGGGGUAUGUGAUGGCCAAUGCCCGCAUCAAGUGCGCCGAGGUAGUAAUGAAGCUGGCCCACCCGAGAUAUCCGCAGCCUGAAUACGAUGACAAAGUCCUCAUCGUGAUAGGUGCUGACACGGUUGUGGUACGUGGCGACACCAUUUUGGAGAAACCCAAGGACGCUGCGCAUGCCUUGGCCAUGCUGAAGCAUUUGCAGGGACGAGAUCACCAGGUCAUCACCGGCAUGGCGGUCUCCGUGGCCGGCGCCGAGCCCGUGGCCAUCUUCGAGGAGACGUUGGUCUUCUUCGCAGAGAUGAAAGAUGAAGAGCUGAAGGCCUACAUUGAGACCGGAGAGCCCUUCGACAAAGCCGGUGGCUACGGCAUCCAGGCGGUGGGCUGCCUGCUGGUCACCGGAAUUCAAGGCAACUACCAAAAUGUCACUUGCCUCAGCGGGCUGAAAGCUGGAGCAUUUGAAGGGCCCAAAGGAGGUUCAGCCGUGUUGGUGAUGGACGGAUCCUGCAAA